AUCAUCGCCGAUGACGUUCGGGUCACACAGGAAAAUUACCACCGAAAAUCGAGCUUUUAGAAUAACAGCAGAGUAGUAGAGUAGAGCUAGCUAGAAACUAUACGUAAACAUUCGUCGGAGACGAAUGGUUUUAGCAAAACGACAAUCGAAUCAGUGUUUCAUUCAUCAGCACCGCAUUGCGUCCAUCACGCGAGGUUUGCUUAUAGAUUUGAAUAUUGUGCAAGCAAAACAAGACGGUUCGGGGCGUUCCGAACGAAAAGAGUUACUACAUCCUGAACUUGAUGAACAAAUGGCGACAAGCUCAUCGAACGCAGGCAGAAAUUACGAUGAAGACGUAAGCGGUUCAACUAUCGUCAACUAUCACGAUAUUUACGUUCAACAGACCGGUAGUAACCAAAGCGAGCUUGAUAGCAUAGCAACAAUGAACUCGAAUCCAACAUCGCCGCCUUCGUACAAUCAAGUUCCAACCGAAGCGGGAACCAACAGAAGCAGUAGUGUAGUGACCAGUGGUCAGUAUUAUCAACAACCAAGCCAAAGUACAGCCCCUAGUAAUGUGAUCAUAGUCCAUGUCAGUUGUUCCGGAGGUAACCGCCGAGGGGAGCCGCCCAGUUACGAAGAAGCAAUAAACCCGGAUGCUCCACCUCCGUCGUACGAUUCGCUAUUUGGUCGUGUUCGGGAAGCGCACAAAUCAUCGACAGGAAUGUUGGACUUCUUGAAAAAUGUCACGAUCUUGUUGCUCGGAACCCUUGGUUGCACCAUCAUUCUCGGGAUCACAAUUGUCAUUCCAGUGUGUAUGAUAGUUUUCGGAGCAAUUUAUCUGCACGAUUGUCCACAGAAUGACUAUAUUCCAGUAUUUCUGCUGGUUGGCGGUGUUUUUAGUGUACUCAAACAACUUCUGCAUCUUUCAACACGAGUUCGCAGCCGCGAAGGGCAGGAAUUUGAGCGUUUACGGCAAUCGCCAACGCAGACGCUUAUUAACUGCUUCAUGCUGGGAUGGUUCAUCAUUGGUUCGUUCUGGAUUUAUCGUAUCUACGAGCCAAACUAUGAUCCGGCAUUAGGCAAGUACUGCAACAAGUCGCUGUAUUUGUUUACCUUCUGGCUGAUUACUUCGGUUUACAUGACGCUGGGUAUAAUCACUGUGGUCCUGUGCGGCGUCAGUAUCAUCAGCAUCGCCAUCCAUAGAAGGACAUAACAGUUUAACGUUCUGUUUGAGAUUUGAGCUGGCGCUAGACAAUGGUUUUUUCGGGUGAGUUCAGCGCUUUUUUAGACUUAUGUGUAGAGAAAAUAUGCAAAGAUCGAAAUCGGAACCAAAUUUCCGCCUCUCUAAAGACGGAAUUUAUGUUGCUCGAAAAAAAAAGUAAAGCGUCAGCAUGAAAGCUGUUUACAAUAUACACCAAAUAAUUUAAACUGGCUUCUCGAUCCCGUUUUAGAAGUGGACAGUUUCGGUAUGGUAGAAAGCCGAGCCGGUUUGGCUUCGAACGUGCCAUAAACACGCGCAGAAAAUAACAUUAUUAUUUUAAACAAGAACUUAUUAUAAGUAUUUUCACUGUAUGACCGACCAAACACAAAAAACGCUCUCUGAUGAGAAAACAAAAAAUCAACACAAAUUUUAGCUAGCUGACUGAAGAAAUCAACUGGAGGAUGUUUUUUGCUAGUGUUUAUUCGCUUAAAAACGAUUGUGGCGGUUCACAAUCUUUUCCAUUGAUCUACCUUUUAGGAUGGAACUAAAUAAGUGGUUUAUACAAUCAAGUUAACUGAAUCAAUAUAUAAUAAACUUACUUAUAUGUGAUACAG